UGUAAUUGAUAUAACCUAUCACUUUAGUAACCGAUGGUGGGUGACAAGGAUGUGCAUGUACUCUACAGCAGUUCUGAAUCCAUUUUCUUUUAGCGGAUUGGAUAUCUAAUAGGAAUACUUUCACGAGUUGUUCUCUUUUUAUAAUUCAACUAUCAACUUGCAUUUUUUUAUUAAUUAUGCCGAUGGAAUAUCAUGUGAAAUAUAGUUUAUGGCGAUUAACUGAAGCAUUUUCAUGCACAUGACAUCUUAAACCGCAGUUUAGAGAGUAGCGAUUCAUGUCCAUGUGCAUAUAUAGUAUAGCUUCAGGGAUGACUUUGUUCGGUCAGAAUAUCAUAAAUUGUUGUGUGCUAUAUUAAAAAGCUGAACAUACACCACUCCACUAUUGUAGAUUUUGACAGUGUUGACAAAUUUGCCAAGAUGAAUAGUUAUUAUCAUCAUCCACCAAUUAAAACGGAACCUGUAUCGCCAGAUGCAGAUCUCUUUGCGGUAUAUCUCAAGGAUCUUAUGAUAGGCGAUCAUUGCGGUGGGCUGUCACAAAUCGGUCCCACACGGGCUUCUUCCGAGCCGCAUAUUGAGGUAAUAGAGCAACCAAAACAAAGGGACCAUCGAUUCCGCUACCCGGUCGAAGGUCGCCAGGCUGGGAGCAUCGCCGGGGAAAGAUCUACGUCUGACCUUCCAUCGUACCCAGCAAUCAGGGUUGCCAAUUUGAAUGGUCGAGCCAAGGUAGUGGUUUCCUUGGUGACGAAGUCUGAUCCUCCCCUGCCUCAUCCCCAUCGUCUGGUUGGAGAUAACUGUAAAGAUGGUGUCUGUGUCAUGAUGAUCGAGCCACAGAGACCUGAAGCAGUCUUUCGUAAGAUCGGAGUGCAGCGUACAAUGAACAAAGAAGUGGAGAACUCGCUUGCAGAGAGAAAGAACGCCAAAGUCAGACUCCCCAUGGAAGUCAAUAAGGGAAAGACUGGGAAGAAACACAACUACGAGAUGAAGGCUGUUCGACUCUUCUUUGAAGUCUACAUUGAGACAAAUGAAUCAUCUGGCAACUAUGAUAGAUACCUUCAACCUGUCACAUCAAGUCCCAUCUAUGACAAGAAGGAUACUGUCUUGUCUAUCUGUCGUGUGAAUAUCAAUACUGGCAGCGUAGAAGGCGGUGAUGAACUCUUCAUCCUGUGUGAAAAGGUUCAGUCAGAUGAUAUCAAAGUGAAAUUCUAUGGGAAGGACCCAGAGACAAACCAACCCUGGUCAGAGUAUGGUGAAUUCAGUCCAAGUGAUGUUCACAGACAGUUUGCCAUUGUAUGCAAGACGCCUCGCUUUGUGAAUCAGAACAUCAAGGCUGCAGUGGAGGUUAAUUUUCACCUCUAUCGACCGUCGGAUGAGGAUUCGAGCAUGGACAUGACUUUCACUUACAAGCCACGUGAAUCGGUUCUUGGUCUUAGAGAUAUCGAGAAGAAAAAGAGAAAGCUGUCUCACAAGGCUCCAGACGAAUACAACAAAUACUUCACCAACAGUGGCCUACCAGUCAAGACGGAGACCCUUGGAGCAAGCGCCCAAUCCUGCAGUGGUGCUCCAUUAAGUCAUCCAGUGUCCAAUGCACCAUCAACCCUGUCAUUAACACCGGUUACCACGGCAAUGGCAUCUACAGACACCAGACGAAGUCUGCGUCAGCAUCUCAUGAGAGGGGACCCAUCUCUUGGUGUGAGUGAUGACAUCCAGCCUCUUUUUGGCGACCUCACGUUCACCGGUGGCACCGCACAGGUUCAGGAUACCAACAUACCGGUCACGUACACAAGCGGAGCCCACAUGAGCUCCAGCACCGUGACGCAACAUCAGCACCAGCCAGUGAGCACCGACCAAGGUACCCUCGACAUCCCACACGAAGCCUUCUUGAGGUGCCUGGCGACGGCUCAACCGAUGGAGGAAGAUUCCGCAGACGAGGAACGCACAACCAGCCUUCAGAGAAUAAACGCCAUAGCUCAUGAGCUCAUGAGUUCGUCUGCAGGCAUGUCCGGAGGGGCCACAGGAGGCGGUGAGCGCGUUAUCGUCGAGCAAAUGCCAGAUACUGCACCUCUGAGUGAUCUAACAUACAGUGUUCUGGAAACAAUAGACAUUGCUGCCUACCAGGAUAUCGGAAGUGAUAUCGUAUAUAGCACAUUUGAGGGCUCCGAUACGGAGAGAAAUAAUACAAGCAACAGCAACAAUAGCAACAAUAAUCCGAUGGGAUAGCAAUUGUAAGAACUUUCAUGACUCCCAACUCCGAGUUCUCGGAAAUUAAGAGAUUUUUAAUUACUUUGGAAGUUUGAUUGUAUAUACAAAACCAGUUAUCUAUUAUGCAUGAAAUUCUCAUCUUCCACACAUGUAUAAAAAGAAAAUCAAAAUUCGGAAAGUAGUUUUCAUUUGGCUAGUUAAGCAGCUUGGCAUGCAUGGAAAGUGACUGAUUACACAAAAACACAAUUUUUUUUUCGAGGGCAUUUUAACAGAGUAGUUCACAAAUAGUGCAUAUGGGCGUGCGCAACAUUGUAAAUACCUGAGAUUCAUGUGUCAUCUUUUUUUAUGUGAAUAUUUGGCAAGAAAAGUGGUUACUUCACGUGAUUUUUAAGAAUCCCACAGUCUAUUACGCAAGGCUGUAUUACCCUUAUGACAUCAUCACUGCUAUAGUGCAGCAAAUGCGGAAUGUAUGCCUUAUGUACAUGCACCAGAGGGUCCUUGAGUCGGAUAGCAUGGGGUGUAUAACAUCAUGCUCAGUAUUUCAUGUACUCGAUUUUCCCAUGUUACAAAUGUCGUACUAUUUGUGGUUUUGCACGUUAAUGUUUUUUUUGCUGCUCACUCGUUGCACUUUGAAGAACAUACGCAUGACCCACGUAGUGCAUGUGAUUAGCUACGAUCAUUCACUCGUGUGAUGAUAAGUGAUAAAAGUGUCAUCUGUAAAUAAUGUCAUGAGUAUUGUGUUUUUUCUGAUAAAUUUUCUGUGCGGGUAUUGUACUUGCACAAUGAAAUGUAGUUUUUUUUAUGUGCGAUGAUCUGGCAUUCCUCUCUUAUAUUAGACCAUAUUAAGAGAGAAGGAUAAAGGGACAGGAUUUUGCUUUUAUUUUGUAUUACUCCAAGCAUGAGUGUUGGCACAGAGGAUUGUCUUUAGUUCGUAGGGGGAAAUCUAUUGUUGCAUCCCCCCCCCAAAAAAAAAGUAUAAAGGAUAAACCUCUGCUUUGAUGCCCAUGAUUCCAAGUGCGGAUUCAGGAGGAUGGGAGGAUGCAAAUUUUCAAAUUUGGAAAGAAAACAGUGCACUGCUGUAAAAUGCCUCCAUUGCAUUGCACACCUCGUAAAACAAAAGAGAUACCUCCAUUUGUAAGCGAUGAUCUUUUUCUGUUCCCCUUUUUUGUGCUUGACAAAUUUUCAUGACAAAUUCGCCCAGAAAAGCUUGAAUCUGGAUCCACGCCCGCACUCCCUGUGAAAAGUGUAUUUUUUUUAAUAUUAUGAACUGCCAUCAGAUAGUAAUCUCUUAUCGAAAUCGACAUCUUCAAAGAAAUGUCUCUUUUUAUUUCCAUUGUGACAUGUACCUUUAAAUGUAAAUAUAUGUAUAAACACCAUUUUAUACAUUGUCUUAAAAUGGAGAGAGAUGUAUAAUCUGCGUACAAUAUGUGUUUUUCAACAGUUGAUGUCAACAUGUGCUCCCAUACAGCACUAAACAGAAUUAUUCAAAUUGGAUUAAGAAAAGUGAGUCGGAUGGUUUAUAACCAAAGAGGAGUAUCAA